AUUCUCGGUGUGGAAGCUUUAAAUAACACAACAUUAAAGUCAUUAGGAAUCAACAAUGGCAAAGCUGUCUUUAGACUGAUGCAUAAAAAUCCUCAAAGUACACAAACUGCUGUUUCAUCGCUAGAAACUAAUGAAAACGUAAUUAAAUGUGAAACAGCAGAGACUGAUCAAAAUGUGAAGAAAGAUAAAAGGAUUGCUGAAAAUCAACAUUCAUUGGUAACAGAUGUUAGUAAAAGAUCUGCAAAUAUUUCAGAAACGCAGGAAGCGAAAGAACCAGAAAUUUAUUCUCGAAAUAGAGAAAUAAAAAUAAAACAGCAAGUAGGGGAGGAAGAGAAUCAAAUGAAAGCAUCUACUGGUACAGGAAAUUAUGAUGCAAAUCAAUUUCCAGUACAGUUAUGUAAUAAACAGGCAAUAGAUAAUUUAAAUAGCAUAGAAUUUUUAGGUGAAAGAAAUGCUUUGGUAUUCAACCAAGCCACGAUUCAAGGAGUACCCAGAGACGAAUUACCAGAUGAAUUUUAUGACGUAACAGUUGAAGAUGCAAAAGUUCUAUUAAGAGAUAUUAAACGUUAUAGAGAAGAACUAGAAGAUGCUCCAUUUCUCACAAAUAGUCUAAGACAAUUAAACGAAGAGAAGCGAAAAUUAAGUCAAUUAGGAAAAUAUCGUUACACAAUAAUUCGAAUACAGUUUCCUGAUCAAUUUGUUCUUCAAGGCUUAUUUAAACCAACGGAAACUGUACAAGCAAUAAAAGAUUUUAUAAAAACUUAUUUAAUUGAUGCAAAUAGCGACUUCAUAAUUUUUACAACUCCACCAAAACAAAACUUAAAUCCUAAUGCUCAUUUAAUUGAUGAAAACUUAGUUCCUUGCGCUGUUAUUCACUAUUCGGGAUCAUCAGCUCUCAGACCAGAAGUAAAACAAAAAUUUACAACUCUUGAAAAAGUAGCAUUGCAGGUGGCUAAAGUUAGGACUUCAAAUAAAGAAAAUCAAAUGAUAAACGAGGGUAUAACAAGUGAUACUACAAAAAGCGAACCAAUAUGUACUAAUACAAAAAAUGAAUCGAAGAGUAAAGUUCCAAAAUGGUUCAGUCCGUCGCUUAAAUAAUUUAUUUAGUUUCUAAUAAUUAUUUUAAUUCUUUUCAAGUAUAACAUAACACAUAUACAUAUGCAUAUACUCAAACACGUGUAUGUAUUUGUCUAUUACUUUUAAUAUUGUAAUUAAUAUUUUAUACAAUAAAGAUUGAAAUAUGAAUAAAAAAGUUAAAAUCA